CUUUCCGGGGGGAGGGAGGGGGGCUGGGAAUGCAGCAGCAGAGCAGCAGGGGGUGCUGGUGCUGCUCAGCCGCAGGAGAAGAUUCCGCAGCCGCCAUUAAACAAUAGGAGGAGCAGCCAAAGCAGCAGCCCAGCAGCCGCCGCCGCCGCGGAAUUGUGCGUCCCCCGCGCCGCAGAGGGAGCAGGCCUGAGGCCACGGGGGUGGUCGCCGGCCGAGGCUCGCCGGCCAGCUAGCCCUUGGGGGCCUUUGCCAGCCGGCCUUGGGCAGCGCGGGUGGGAGGAGGGCAGCGGCCUGCUUGCUUGCACCGCCUGGCCAGGGCAGCGCAGGAGCCGGAGCCACAAAGGCAGCCGCCACCGGGCCCCGCGCGAUCCGCAGCCGAUCCGGAGUCACGCCGCCGGAGCCUGACAUGAUGUUUCCUCAAAGCCGGCAUUCGGGUUCUUCUCACCUGCCCCAGCAGCUGAAAUUCACGACGUCAGAUUCCUGUGACCGGAUAAAAGAUGAGUUCCAGCUUCUGCAGGCGCAGUACCAUAGCCUGAAGUUGGAAUGUGACAAGCUUGCCAGUGAGAAAUCAGAGAUGCAGCGUCAUUACGUCAUGGCUUUCCAGUACUAUGAGAUGUCUUAUGGACUCAACAUUGAAAUGCACAAACAGGCUGAAAUCGUCAAGCGGUUAAACGGGAUCUGUGCUCAGGUCUUGCCAUAUCUUUCACAAGAGCAUCAACAGCAGGUUCUUGGAGCCAUCGAGAGAGCCAAGCAAGUGACAGCGCCGGAGCUGAACUCCAUCAUCCGGCAGCAGCUCCAGGCUCACCAGCUCUCCCAGCUCCAAGCUCUCGCCCUGCCCUUGACCCCGCUGCCGGUGGGGCUGCAGCCCCCGUCUCUCCCUGCCGUCAGCGCCAGCACCGGGCUCCUCUCCCUCUCCGCCCUGGGCUCGCAGGCUCACCUCUCCAAGGAAGACAAGAACGGGCAUGACGGGGACGCGCACCAAGAUGACGACGGGGAGAAGUCAGAUUAGACUGAUUUCCGGGGGUGGGGGGGUAGGGGAUGGCAGCAGGGGCAGGAAGGGUGGGUCAAAGAUGCAGUAUCUACUCUAGGUGGCGGUGGCAGAAUUUCAGAUCAUGUCGGCGGGGGCGGGGUGCCCCCGCGGCCACGAUGCCGGGGGGAGGGGGGGGCCUUUGCCCUGUCUGCUUCUGCAGCAAUAACACUCGAGACCUUCCUGCUUUCCAGUUCCAGCCACUUAACAGCCAGCCACUGAAUGAGUGGCAACUCCAAAGGCACAAUGGAUUGCACUGCAGGUGCCACACAUUUGUGGCGCCUGUGGGCAGAAUGCGGGGGGGGGGGGACACAGCCCUUUCCUCCCCAACCAACCCCUUUUAAAGCCAAUUUCUGAAUAUGGGCGCUUGCAUCAAAACACUAACUUGUGAAUAUAGCCACUCCUGCGGGGUCUCGCCUAUGGGGGGGCAUUCAUUCCGUGGCAUCUCCAGCUAUAAAGAUCUCGGGUGAUGGAGGAAGGUUCUGAGCUUGGGACCCCAGGGUGCCACUGCCCGUCAGAGUAGACACUACUGGGCUUGAUAGAAUAAUGGCCAGACUCUCCACGGCAGCUUCAUAUGUACCUCAGGGCUGUCCUUAGGGCAGGGCAGGUAGGGCGACUGCCCCGGGCCCCGCUCUUUUAACCUCCAUUAAAAUUAACUGGAAUCAGUCCCUAACAUCUCUACUUAGGAUUCUGAGGAUGUGUGCUAGAAAAGAACUCCGUCUGUGUGAGGCUCUAGUGUGAACACUCAAAGUAAACAGUUCUGGGCUUAGAUCAGGCCAACACAACAUUUCUGUUCUAUUUUUAUUAUUUUAUUUUUACGUUUAUAUCCCGCUCUUCCUCCAAGGAGCCCAGAGCGGUGUACUACAUACUUAGGUUUCUCCUCACAACAACCCUGUGAGGUAGGUUAGGCUAAGAGAGAAGUGACUGGCCAGAGUCACCCAGCUAGUAUCAUGGCUGAAUGGGGAUUUGAACUCCGGUCUCCCCGGUCCUAGUCCAGCACUCUAACCACUACACCACGCUGGCCCCAGGGGCCCAAUUCAGCCUGCAGGGACUUUUAUGCUGGCCCCGAGAUAGAAAUAUCCUGUAGCCACAGCAGCAGCCAUGCCCUUGACUUGUUCCCUCUUCUCCACGUAUGGGGGCAUCCUCUGGAAAUGGCCUUACAGCACCAUCUUACAGUAGACAUGUUUACUCCGAAAUACGUCCCACAGCAUACCCAGUAAGGCUUACUCCCAAGUAAGCAUGCCUAGGAUUGCAGCCUGAAAGCAACAUCAGUUUAGAGAGGAGAGGACUUGGCAUUUAUUUAUUUGGGGCUGUUAUGUACUCCAGGGGCCCCGCUUGACUGAGCAGGGAGAAGGCCUAUUUUCCAGUCACUCUCCUUGGUUAAACGUGUGUGUGUGUGUGUGUGUGGUGGUUUCACAAGGAGCUAAUACUUGCUUGCAUUAAUAUUGUUAAUUAAUUUGAAUAUAAUAAUGUGCUGAAAAUGGACCUUGGCCCCCGCACACUAAGUCGUGGUUGAUUCUGGCCCACCGGAGUUGUGCACCCCUGUAGCCUUAGAUGGACCCAUUUCCGGAGGCAACUUUGUAUGGAUUGCAGGGUGCUUGCUACCCGUACUGCUGGCUUUUCCUUGCUUUGUGCUUUGCUGAAUGAGCGGCUUCAUUCAGAGAGGAUUGGGCCAGCUCUAAGAACAGCCCUGCUGGAUCAGGCCCAAGGCCCUUCUAGUCCAGCAUCCUGUUUCACACAGUGGUGAGCAACAGUGCCCAGUGACCCACCUUUAAGGGGUGCGGGCUGUCCAUGCUGGUUUCCCAGGAAGCCCAGAGGGGUACAAAAGAGUCCUGUGUGGCUCUUGACCUCCCUGGCAAGGACAGCCCUUCCGGGAAGUGAGGUACUUGCUUCAAGCACUGAGUUAUUGGACACCAAUGCUUUCACAUAACCCAGUAUUUCUAAAGUUAGUCCAGGCAAACCACGGUAACUCCCAUUGAGUACUGCAGACAUUCCGUUUGGUGCAAGCCUCCAUCUCUUGAAAUUUGCAAAGAGUCCAUGGGAGACAACUGAAUCUGGAGGAGAAAAACCCCUAUCCUGUUGUGCCCCAAAUCUGGAGGAAAACCCCACUCCCCGUUGACAAGAUUUGGGAUUUGCCUAGUCCAGAAAAAUAAAAAUGGAUUGAUUGACCAGUCAAAUAACAUUCAAAGGGUUUUUAAAAUCAUUAAUUUUAUUAGGACCCAAUAAAAAUCAAAACCAUUUCAUUCUCAAGCGGUUUUGCACUUCUGCAGAUUACAAACAGAAAACAAACCACAUGGUUGCCGAACGGUGAAAGUAACUUUAAACAUAAUUGCACAGAAUUAUUGUUGAAAGGUUGCGACGUUACUGGAGGUGUUGAUAAAUGGGAAUUGUUCAUUGGCUUUUGACCUGGAACGCCAGUGACGCUUUUCAAAAAAAGUAAAAUUAAAGCAAAAACUAUUCUUUUUUUUUUUUUUUAAGUCUAUUUUUAAGGUGAAUAUCCUAAGCAGACAAGAAGUUGACUCUCUCCAACAAUGCGGCUUAUUGGGAUAUUUGACUGAGAUCAAAUAAGACCUUUGAUUGUUUUUUACUGGUCAAUGCACUGGUGCACCAACUUUGUUCCACAGCAGGAUAGGUUUUGUUCUUCACCCCCAGCCCUGCCUCCUUUCAGGAGACAAGGCAGUGGGCCAAGGGUCAGAACCUCCUGCACUCCUAUUCGUUCACUUACUCUAAGGCCCGCCCCUAACGGAUAGGUCUUAGCAUGCACAAAGAGCAACAGGACAAUGCUUGGUUAGUGGGUGAGAGCCUUCUUGCUCCUCACCCCCUCCUGUUGCAUCAUCCGACUAACUUGGCACCAGAAGAUCUCCUCUGGUAUGAAUUUAACCCGUGCGAUUGCACCCCAUCUCUCGCCCCCCUCUCCCCCCGUAAUGUUUCCGCCGUAUCUUCUGCUGGGGUUCUAGAAGCCGUCUCCUCCCCUCCCACCAGCACUAUUAGCUGAUGAGCACCUUUCUUAUUCUGCAUGGAUCUUGUUUUAAGGUAGCACAGAAGCAAAUUUUUAUAUAUAUAUAUAAAUAUAUUAGUCCCUGAUCCCCACCUCCGGGUGAAGCUCUUGACGUGUGUCCUUUGCCUCCUCCCUGACUCUCUCCCCCCACCCCCCCGUAAAUCUUGAAUAUGGAAUAUUUCCAGCGUAUAAUGGCUGACCCCUCCCCCUUUCAGUAUGACUUUUCUCGGGAGGAGGCACCCAAGCAUUCUCUCCCCGUAUUUUCCCUGCUCCCUAUUGGUGUUUUUAUUUUAUAAUUUUCUUUCUUCAAAGGAUACGGCAGCUUUCUCUUAUCUUUCUGUGAGCUAGCUUGACUUUUUUCAUUUAACAAGAGAAAAUUUAAGGGUGGGGGGGAAGAGAAUUUUGUUUGUAUAUAUUCCUCGAGAGAGAAAUCUUGUUUGCUUCAUGUGUUUAUUAAUCACUUGACCUAUAUUAAGAGGAACGGAGAGAAAUUAAUUCUGUAUUGAGGAUGUAUUAGCUGUGCCUUUUCAAAUAAAGAAAUCAGAUGGUUGGUUAAACGGUGA